GCAGUUGUUUGUUGUCUGUCAUAGGUGGUCGUACGUAAUCGUAAUCGUAAUCUGCUAUUUCUUUUUCCUCGAGCAUGUUUUUUUUCUUUAGACUUAGAUUUUUUGUGUGUUUGUUAAUACAAAGGAUAUAAAUUUAUCAUACAAAUUUCAAAGGUUUUUUAUUUGGAUUGGACACUGAAUUCAGUGCUGCAGUGUUAUUGAAAACCAAUCGUAUAUUACGUAUUACUGUACGAUUAUGUCGACGAAUAAUAUUGUGGCUUGUCACGAAGAGAAUUCAUGUUCAGAUGGAGAGUUAGAACAUAAAAACCAAGGAAAUCAUGCCAAUCCUAAUGACACUCAAGGCUUUUCCUCCAACACGCCGAACAUGCUCAAUGAAAUGGAAGAGAAAAUGCGCCGUAAGUUGCAGUUUUUCUUUAUGAAUCCAAUUGAAAAAUGGAAAGCCAAACGGAAGUUCCCUUACAAGUUCGUAGUUCAAGUAAUCAAGAUAGUUUUGGUCACUUUCCAGCUCUGUCUCUUUGCUCAUAAUCGCUACAAUCAUGUGAAUUAUACAUGGGACAAUCGUAUCAGUUUUUCGCAUCUUUUCCUUUUGGGUUGGGACUCAACUCGCGAGAUUAAUGCCUAUCCACCUGGUGCUGGCCCAUUAGCUGUCUAUAAAGUAGAUGAAUUUUAUAACACUUUGGAUUAUGCAUAUGCUGGCUAUUUAAACCUCAGUAAUACUAUAGGCCCUUAUUCUUAUAAUGAUGAAAAUAACAAAAGGGUUGACCCAACAUUUUGUCAAUAUAAUUACAAACAAGGUAUCAUCAACGGAUUCAAUGAAAGCUAUGAAUUUAACUCUGAAAUUGUUGAGACAUGCACAACAUUUUAUGGAGGUAGUGAUGUCCUGUUUAGUUCUAAAGAUCUAUUGAAGAAGUCAGAGUUAGACAUAAACUUUGCAGCCUUAGUUCGUGCUAAAUUAAUGUUUUCUUUGAAAACUAUCAACUUUAGAGCUGCAGGGCCGAUCACUCCGCCUGACUGUUAUCGAUUUGAUAUUGCUAUAGUAUUUGAUAAUGAAGAUCACGAUGGUCAGAUGUCACUAUUUUUGGAAGCGGAACCUUUCAAGUUAGUCUGCAAAGGUGAUCAAGAAUACAUCACAGAUAACAAAAUUGAUCAAGUCCUAAGGAGCAUGCUAAAUAUCUUAGUUAUAUUGAUUUGUUGUGCAUCUUUUAUUCUGUGCAGUAGAGCCAUUUACAGAGCACAGCUACUAAAAGAGUUAACUGUCCAAUUCUUUCAACGAGCUUACAAUAAGGAGUUGAGCCUUACUGGUCGUUUGGAAUUUUUAAAUAUAUGGUACAUAAUGAUAAUAGCUAAUGAUAUUCUCAUCAUAAUGGGAUCAGCUAUAAAAGAGCAGAUUGAACGUAACUCAUUUACAAAUGAUCAAUGGAAUGUCUGCUCACUGUUCCUAGGUACCGGAAACCUACUAGUUUGGUUUGGAGUUUUGAGAUACUUAGGUUUCUUCAAGACUUACAAUGUUGUUAUACUAACUCUGAAAAAAGCUGCACCAAAAAUAUUCAGAUUCUCCAUCUGUGCUUUAUUGUUAUAUGCAGGCUUCACAUUCUGCGGUUGGCUAAUAUUAGGACCGUACCACAUGAAGUUCCGUUCACUUUCAAUGACAUCGGAAUGCUUAUUCUCACUUAUUAACGGAGAUGACAUGUUCGCUACAUUUUCGAUUAUGUCCAAAAAAUCACCUAUGCUCUGGUGGUUCAGUAGAGUAUAUUUGUAUUCAUUUAUAAGCUUGUACAUAUAUGUGGUACUCAGUUUAUUCAUAUCAGUUAUAAUGGAUGCUUAUGACACCAUAAAACAGUAUUACAAAGAUGGUUUUCCGAAGAGCGACCUACAACAGUUCAUUGGCGAAACAAACUAUGAAGAAGUCUCUUCUGGAUUAUACAGAGUUCAAAGUUCAACAUCUCUCAAUGCGAUAAUGAAUUCAUUGUUUUGUUGUAAUCUAUACAGAAGGGCUUACUCAAAAAUAGGCGGAGGUGUAACAAAUCAAAGUGCAUGAUCUCAACAUUAUUUAUAUGGGUAUUAUACUUAUAUUAGUUUAAUUGUUAUAUCAAAUGUUAUCUGAACUUUAUCUAAUAAGUAUCAUUGGUGUUAUAAUUUCUUUAUCUUUAAUCAAGGACCUGUGGACUGCUCAUGGGCAGCUGUUUUGGUACUCUAUUAUGAAGUUAUAAGUUAUAACAAUUAUGCAAUUAUAAUCACGUAAGAUGAAAUGUAUACCAAGUUUGCCAAAGAUCACUUGUGUGCAUUCAUAUAAGUACAUAAUAUUUUAUAUGUUUAUCAACAGGGAAUAGAUAAGUAAAUACUCAUGUAUAUUUAUUUAUAAAGUUUCCAUUUCUGUUUGCUUAUAUAAGGUUUUAUAAUCAUUUUGAAUUACAAUUAACUGUACAUUGUGAAACUUAUACAAAAGUAAUUUAUUUAGAUUUGGCAUGGAAAAAUCAGUUUAUAGGUUCUAUGCUAUAGAGCUUUUGUUACUAUGCCAUUCUUUAUGUCAACUGAUAAUCUAUCCUGGACAGGAGAACAAAGUGUAAGCCUAUAGCUCAAUAGACUAGAACAAAAGGUUACCAGAACUAUUAAUAAGUAUAUGUAAUUUGCAUGAUUUAUGUUACAUACAAUUAUGUAAAUCUAAAUUUAUUAGAGGCUGGCUGGCACUUACUAAUGAUUACUAAUUUACUAUAGUCUGUAAUAUGUCUAUAAUUUUGUAGAGGAUUAAUGAAUUUUUCCAAAUACGUAAUUCGUAACACUUACUUAAAUCUCUUGAAUGUGAUUGAUAAGCCAGCUGUAUUAGUUGUACCUGAAGUACUGGUGUGAAUAUGCUCAUUGUUGCUUAGUUUUAGAAUUAAAACUGUGCAUCCUAAUGUUAGUUGUAAAAAAGUAAAAUUGUAUAUAUUUCGGUAAUUUAUGAAAAGAUGUGUUUAUUAUGGAUAUUGUAAUAAUACCACAAAUAAAACUAACAUUUGUAAAAAUAAACUUUUUGUAUUUGUCA